AUGUCUGCCUCCGAGCACCCCAGCCGUGGUCGUUCAUUUGCCUCUGCGGACGAGAAGGACCUCGAGAAAUGCACCACCGGUCGUAAUAGCGAUUCUUUCGAUGAUUCAAUCGCACGAACCCAGGAUGAAACAACGCCAGCUACGGAACAGAGCUUCCAGCAGAAGCCAUCAGAGCAGACUGCCGCAAUGGAAUGGGAUGGACCCGACRACCAAGACAAUCCUCUAAAUUGGACGCGGCGUAAGAAGAUCUUUUACACGGCCAUUCCUACCGGCAUAGCAACGGUCUGCACGAUUGCUUCUUCAAUAUACACACCUGGUGUAGAUGGCGUGAGGCGAGACUUUGCCGUUUCUUCUGAAGUUACCAUCCUGCCCUUCUCGCUCUAUGUCCUGGGCCUUGCUUUCGGACCAAUACUAGCCGCACCAACAUCCGAGAACUUUGGCAGGAGGAUCGUGUACAUGGUGGGAAUGCCAUUGUUCGCACUCUUCACUCUCGGAGCCGGACUUUCAAGUGGCAUCGCCUCUCUGACGAUAUGUCGCUUCUUGGCCGGGCUUUGUGGCAGUCCUGGGCUUUCGAUUGGUGCGGCUACGCUGUCAGACAUGUGGUCCCCAGCAGAACGAUUGAUUCCGAUGGCAUGCUUUGUGACGGCACCGUUUCUUGGACCCGCGAUUGGACCACUCAUAGGGGGUUAUGUAGUCAUUGGAGAGAACUGGAGAUGGACUCAAUGGACAAUCCUCUUCUUUACGGUGGCCUGCAUCACGCCGCUGAUCUUCAUGAAGGAGACCUACAAGGCAGUCAUCCUCAGGCGCAGAGCCAAAGCUCGCGGUAUCGCGGUUCAGACUGGAACCCAGCCCUCGCGCUUGCAGGUCUUGAAAGGAUACGUCACCACUCAACUUACACGGCCUGCGCACAUGGCUUGCGUGGAGCCUGUCGUCGGUCUCUUUGCAAUAUAUCAAGGCCUCAACUUCGGCAUGCUUUACUCAUUCUUCGCCGCCUUUCCAUAUGUCUUUUCCGAAACCUAUGGCUUUGGCAUCGGUCAGACAGGCCUCAYAUUCCUCGGUUUAGGAGUCGGAUGCUUAUGUGGACUGGCCUUUAUGUGCAUCAUGGCAAAGACUGUGUUCCGCAGAAUCAUUGCACGCUCACAUGAAGCUGAUGAAGGGGGAAAGUUCCCACCUGAAAAGCGCCUCUACUUCGCCAUGGUAGGAUCACCUUGUCUUCCCAUCUCCCUCUUCUGGUUUGGCUGGUCGGCCGACACAGGUGCACACUGGAUUAGCCCAGUCAUAGCGGAGGCAUUCUUCGGCUUCGGAAAUCUGAUGCUGUUUAUGAGUGCUACGCUGUACAUCAUGGACUUUUACGGACCCCGGUAUGGAGCUUCGGCGAUGGGAGCAAACAACGUGACAAGAUAUGUGAUCGGAGCGGUAUUUCCAUUGUUUAUCACGCAGAUGUAUAAGAAGUUGGGGAUUGGAUGGGCGAGUUCCUUGCUGGGAUUCAUCAGCUUGGCCUUGGUUCCUAUUCCUUAUGUGUUUUACCUUUAUGGACCGAGACUACGAAAGAAUACGAGACACGCCAAAGCAUGA